GAAGCGGCGCGGCUUCCUGGGGCUUGGGCCGGGGAUAUAGGCGCCCCCGCCCGGGCCCGGCUCAGCGCCACCGCCCCUCCUCGCCUGCUCGCCGCGCGAUGGCCUCGGUCCGGGCUGAGCGCGCCGCCGGCGGCCCGCGGCUCCCUGCGACCCGCGCCCGGCGACCGGCUGCGCUCCGCUUCCUCCUCCUCCUGGGCGCUGUCCUGAAGCCCCAGGAGUCCCUGGCUCAGGUUCCUCCCACUGAAAGCAGUUUGAAGACAAAAGAGGACAAGAUGGAGAACUAUGAGAGGACUAUCCAGUUUUGCUGGCAAUCUUAUAAGGAGCAGAUGGACUCUAUCCCCAAGGAUUGGUGUGACUGGGCCAUGAUUAGCAGGCCUUAUAGCGACCUACAGUAUUGCUUGGAGCAUUUUGCAGAAGUAUUUCACCUGGGCUUCCCCAAUCCCCGAGCAGAAGAGAUCAUCUUUGAGACUCACCAGAUCCACUUUGCCAACUGCUCCCUGGUGCAGCCCACCUUAUCAGACCCCCCAGAGGAUGUGCUCCUGGCCAUGAUCAUAGCCCCAAUCUGCCUCAUCCCUUUCCUCGUCACCCUUGUGGUGUGGAGGAGUAAAGACAGUGAAGCCCAGGCCUAGGGUGGUAUGAGCUUUAUCUUCACAGCCAUCUUAGCCUACUCCCUGCCACCACCAGGUCUCUGUUCCCCUCCCUGCCCUGCCUCUUUCUCUCACUCCCACGCCCACCACAGAUCCUUGGACUGGUGGAAAUGGAAACCAAGUGGUGUCACGGCAUAAGUUCUGUAAUCUUCAAAAUAAAACUGUUUUUUUUGUACUGUC